GCAGGAAGGGCUCACUAGAUUUUAUUCUUUGUGGUAGUUGGACUAUGCAAAGGAGGGCUCUAGCAUCGCGAAAGCUGCUAUCGUCCAAACAUUGCAUCAGUGUUUAUUACUGCACGUUGCUAUAUCACGGAGUCAGGGAAUCAAGUACAGCGCAACAAUAUAUACACAAUCAGAGAAGCCCCUGAUGUCCAUCGCCCUCCUUUCCACCCCCUCACUGCACGAGGCAGAGAUCAAGCGCAGAGGGUAUGCGACCUUAUUCGAGAAACACACCGUCUUCCUCACCGGCAGCACCGGCGCGCUGGGGGCCGUGCUCCUCUACAAACUCGCGGUGCAGGUCCCCACCCACAAGAUAUACGUCCUGGUCCGGGGGUCCCCGGACCUCGCGAUCCAGAAAUGGAAGAAGGCGAUGCCCGUGCAGACGCAGCCGGUCCUCCGCUCCCGGAAGGUUCAUUUUGUAGUUGGGGACAUGACGAAACCGGACUUUGGGAUCGAUGCGGCAGUGAUGGAUGAGCUGCGCCAGCAGGUCACGCUGGUGAUCCACGCGGCCGCCAAAAUCACCCUGGACGCGGACGUUGCGGAGGCGGUGGAGAACAAUUGUCUCCCGUCGUUGGAGAUGGCGAAGAUCACCUCGCGGUUCCGCAGGCUGAAGCUCUUCGUGCAGGUGUCGACGGCGUACGUGAACAGUUUCUUGCCGGAUGGGCACGUGGCGGAGAAGCUGUACUCUGUUGGGGUGGAAGUGGGUGGAAAGGGUGAGGAGGAUGAUCCGGAGGAGCUACUAGGGGCGAUCCUCAGAGGCGAAGGUUCCCCGCACGCCGAGCACUUCUCCUCUUCAUAUACCCAUGCGAAGUAUUUGAUGGAGCGGCUGAUGCUGAAACGGUUCCCCACGCUGCCUAUGUUGCUGGUGCGUCCAACCAUCUUCGGUCCGGCGGUCAGAGAUCCGUAUCCACAUUAUGCGCCGGAGAAUUCCAUCCCGUUGAAGAGAUUCGCCUCGCUAUUUCUGAUGACUCAUGGCGAGACCCAGACCUGGCACGCGGCCGAGGGCUAUGACAGUGGUGCGAAUACGUUGGAUGAGAUGCCGGUUGACCUGGUGGCGAAUGCCUGUCUUCUUCACGCUGUUGCGGGAACGCGAGGGGUCAUUCAUGUCGGAUCGCAGCUUUAUGUGAAGACGACGCUAGACGGAAUUAUGCAGUUGGCGGACACGUACGCCCCACAAGGCAUGCGACAUGCUUUGCCGACGGUACUUUUUGUGAAAGAUCGAACUAUUCCGCAGUGCUUCCUUGCGGACCUAGUCAAGGUUGGCUCACGCAAUUGGUUGUUUGAUUGUGGUCGGUCAUUCUGGUUGAAGCAGCUUGGUGGUCCGCUGAGUUUGGCAGCAUGCCAACAUGAUGCAGACAGGAUCAAUAAGCAACGGGCCACAGACGCAUGGGAGCGAGUGUUGCGGUCAGUAAAGCUUUAGUUUGGGCUGUCCGUGAUGUUAUGUCGUGAUGAUUCACUUUGGUCAGUUAGCUGUGGGUAGUGCUCCGAUUUCGGUU